AUGAAUACAAAAGAGUUUCAGAACCAGGCACACUCCGUGAAUGAAGAUUGUGAGGAUGACAUUGAAGAGCGUAACGCCCAUCAAACAAUGGCUCAAGAGAACAUAGGGAUGAUUCUCGCGGUCUUCGCUUCCACAACUACAGUUCAAGGGGCUUUAAGAGCAGCAAGGCAGUCAGGGAAAUCUCACUCUUCACUAGGACUCCCAAGCAACUCUUCAAACAUCAGGAAAAACAUCUAUAACACAUUCUCCUGCGACGGACUUUCCUAUGGAUAUUAUGCUGACGUUGAUAAUGACUGUCAGAUCUUCCACAUUUGUUAUCCAUAUCCGCAAUCAGACGGCUCUACAUUCAUGUACAAAUGGUCCUUCAUCUGCCCCGAGAAGACGAUAUUCAAUCAGGAGACACUGACUUGCACACGUCCAGAAGAUGCUGUUCCUUGCGGGGAAGUUUCUGCGUAUUACUUUGUCAAUGACUCUUUUGGAAACGUUGAUGAACCAUUUAGUAAAAACGAAAUAAAGAGACGAUGAAUUUUGGCAACAGAGCAGGAAUUUAGUACUUGUUUAUCAUAAUGUAAAACGUGUUCUGUAUUGUCAUAAUUGGGAGAACGGUUCUGUAGCCAAUGUCUACUGGCAAAUUCCUACUAAGCUGUCAAUAUGGGCAUGGCUUAAGAGCAAAAUAAGUUUUUAUAGAUAUUAUUAUCUACAUUAGAGUUUACUCUUAUUUGUUAUUCAUUUCAGCGUCUCCCCAAAUUAUUUUGACAAAAAUAUUCUACUGCUUUUCAUACCAAAGGGAAUUUGCUGAUCUAUAUAAGUGUUUGACGUUGUAUUCGUCGAGA